AUGUAUGUAUGCCUAUGUAUUAUUAUUUCAUUGUUCCGUUUCCUUCAGACCUGCAGCAAGAUGUUGGUGCCGGUGGUUUUGUUUUUCUGUCUGCUCUCUCUGAAUCCAGCAGCUACAGAAGUGGGUCUUGCUGGUAAAGUGCUUCUGUUCCCGUACGAGACGGAUUUCAGCUACGUUAAACUCACACCUAAAAAGCCAUUGGGCCUUACAGCGUUGACUCUCUGCAUGCGCGUCGCGACGGAGCUCCAGGGCGAGCGUCAGAUCAUUCUCUUCGCCUACCGGACGCCAGACUUUGACGAGCUCAACGUGUGGAGAGAGAAAGACGGUCGUGUGUCCUUCUACCUCAGUGGCGACGGAGCGUUCUUCCACCUGCCUCCUCUCUCCACCUUCCGGACUCACCUGUGCCUCACCUGG